AUGACAGAUGGCGAACGUCAAGUCGCCCGGGAAAAGUUUAGGAUUGCUCCACAACCGUUUAUAGGUGCAAUUGGAACCAUCGAUUGCUCUUAUAUAAACAUUAAAGGGCUAAAAGAGCACGAAGAAGCAUACGUGAAUCAUUGGGGUGACCAUACUCUCAACGUUCAAGUGAUCUGUGAUCCUGAUUUAAAAAUAUUGAAUGUAAAUGCGCGAUAUCCAAGUGCACGACACGAUGCUUAUAUUUGGUCAAAUUCUCCUAUACGACGUAUAAUGGAACGAAGAUAUAAUAAUGGAGAAUGCAAUACUUGGUUAAUUGGUGAUGAUGGAUAUAGCUUAGAGCCAUGGUUAAUGACACCUCUAAAACAUGAAAUACCAAAUACACCUAGGUUUCAAUAUAACGAGGAUCUGUGCAGCGCUAGAUCGUGCGUGGAACGUUUAUUUGGCGUCUGGAAAUCCGUGUUCAGAUGUUUAUCUGCCCAGAGGCGCUUAAUGUAUGAGCCAGACCAAAUAGAGCUGUGGAGUAUGACGACAGAGGUUAUGCGUAUCAAGGCCGGGCACUUGCCAUACGUAUUCAGGAGUUUUAUUGCUCAGCAUUAUGAGAGAAUAUAA